AUGCCUGUACCACAAGAUGUUACGUGUGGAAAGACGUGGUACAUCACAAGACCUUAUAAGGAAGAUAUCUUUGGGUCCCUUGUUCGACCAAUAUUUCUGGGAAGUGGUUGGCCAGCAGAAUUUGAACCGUCAAAACAAUAUGAUGUUUUCUCUUUCGAAGAAAAGUAA